UUGUCAUGUUAUUUAACAAAGAAGUAAAAAAAAAAAAAAAUACAAAAAUAGAAAACUACUUUUGAAAAAAUGGAAAUUAUUUUAUCAAUUGUUGGGAAAAUAGGAGAAUCCUUGGUUCUUCCAAUCGGAGAACAAUUUGGCUAUCUUAUUUCCUACAAGAGCAGUAUCAUAAUUCUUGAAGAGAAUUUUUCAACGUUAUGUGAGAAGAAGGAAGCGGUGCAACAAUCUGUUGUUGGAGCCGAAUGGAAUCAAGACGUAGUUGCAAGUGAAGUUAAGACGUGGCUGGCAAAUGUAGGAAAAAAACUUGAAGAAGUGGGAAAAUUCCUUGAAGGAGAUGCCAAAACUAAUACGAUGUGCAUGAAUGGUUGGUGUCCUCAUCUGAAGCUCCGCUAUUCCUUGGGCAAGAAAGCUCAGAAGAAUACUCGAGCCAUCAAUAAGUUACUAAAAAAAGGUGAAAAAUAUGACAAUGUGUUCAAUAUUGCACCUCCAUUGAAAGUGAGAUCAUCAUCCAUAGAACGGUUUAAGGAUUUUAAAUCACGAAAAGCAAUGAUUCAAGAUGUUUUGGAGGCUCUAAGGGAUGAAAAAAUUGACAUGAUUGCAAUAUGUGGUAUGGGAGGGAUUGGCAAGACAGAAAUGGCAAAAGAGAUAGCUAGAAGAGUCGAAGCUGAUGGUUUAUUCCAUAAAGUUGCCACUGCAGUGGUGUCUCAAAGUCCAAACUUGACAAAGAUUCAAGGUGAACUUGCGGAAAAGCUCGGCCCGAAACUCGAUGAAGAGAGUUUACAAGGAAGAGCAGAUGAAUUAUAUUCAAGACUGACGAAGAGUAAGAGUGUCCUUGUGAUAUUGGAUGACGUUUGGGAGCCACUUGAUCUUGAGGAUGUUGGAGUUUACAAUGCACUAAAAGAAAAGAGCUGCAAAAUCUUGUUGACGUCAAGAAGUGAAGAAACUUGCAAUCAGAUGAGAUUUCAAAAGAUUUUUCCAGUUGAACUUUUAUCCGAAGAAGAAGCUUGGAAUCUUUUCAGAGAGAUGGCGGGUGAUUGUAUCAAUACCCCCAAUGAUCUAAUCCUAAUAGCACGAAAGGUUGCAAAAGAAUGUGCAGGUUUACCCCUUGCUAUUAGGGUCGUUGGAAGUGCUCUUAGCAACAAAAGAAAUGAAUAUGAGUGGGACGCUGCCCUUCAGCAACUUCAAAAGUCUAUCCCACAACAUAUCCUCGGUAUGGAUCAAGAGGUAUAUUCUAGAAUAGAGUUCAGUUACAAUUACUUAGAAAGUGAAGAAGCCAAAUCAUGUUUUUUGCUAUGUUGUUUGUAUCCUGAAGAUUAUGAUAUUCCGGUUGAACAUUUAGUCAGGUAUGGAUUUGCAAAAAGGUUUCUUAAAGACAGCAGUAGUAUUGUGAAAGAAAUAAGAGCACACGUCAACACAAUAGUUCGGAAUCUUCAAAGAUCAAAUCUCUUGUUGGAUAGCGAAGAGGAUGAAUGUGUCAAAAUGCAUGAUAUCGUGCGAGAUGUUGCCAUAUCGAUUGCAUCCAGAAAUGAACACGGUUUUAUGGUUGAGUUGGAUAGAAGGCAUGAAGAAUGGCCAAAGAAGGAUACAUAUGAUAGUUACACCGCAAUUUCUGUUUUACUUGGAGAAAUGAAAGGUCAUCCUGAUGGGUUGAAGUGUCCCAAACUUCAGUUUUUGCGACUAUCAUGUUUAGAAGAUUCAAAAACGUUUCCAGACAAUUUUUUUAAUGGAAUGAAUGAGCUAAAGAUAUUGUCUUUGCAAGAAGGCUGCUUCUCCUUAACAUCAUUGCCAACAUCAAUCCAGAUUCUUGAGAACCUUCGAAUUCUGAAUCUGGAGAGUUGUCGCUUGGGAGAUGUGUCGGCAAUUGGAACCCUUGGAAAACUAGAAAUUCUUGGUUUUCAUGAUUCUGAGAUCGAGGAAUUGCCGCGUGAAAUAGGAAAUCUUAACGAAUUAAAGUUGCUGGAUAUGAAGAGGUGUUUUUCUCUAAAGCGAAUUGCAACUGGAGUCUUAUCCCGUUUAUCUCGCCUACAAGAGUUGUAUAUGGCAGACUUUAAGAAUUGGGAAUAUACGACUACGAUAGAAGGAAAUGGAGAACGAACAAGUAAUAAUGCAAGUCUUGCUGAACUAAUUCCUUAUUUUGGUCGAAUGACGGUCUUAGAAAUCAGCGUACCAAGUAUCGCGUGCUUGCCAAAAGAAUUGCACUUCAGUAACUCCAACUUGAGAUUUAGAAUAAACAUUGAAGAUGAUGGGAGAUAUUUAUUUGAAAAUGCAAUUAGACUUGAACGGGAGGAUGCAAGUGAUCUUGGAAAAGUACUUUUCGAGAAUAGGGGUGUUUUUGGCAACCUGAAACACUGUGACAUAUAUAAUUGCCAGCCUUCGGAAAAUAUAUUUUGGUUGGCCAUGGUGAGAGAUUUGGUUCAACUCAAAUCUUUAGGCGUUUUUGAAUGUGAAAGUAUACAAGAAAUUUUUUCAAAGGAAGGAGAAGAUAGUGAUGUCAUUACAUUGCCGAAGUUGGAGAAAAUACAUCUAUCUUCCUUACCAAAGCUCAUUGGUAUAUGUCAAUCCAUGGACUCAGUUCAGGUUGAAGGAGGAGGCAUGAGCACUUCAUCAACAACCCUCUCUCAUAAACUAUUUUCAUCCAACACCAUUUUGUGGUUUCCCAAUUUGGUAGAGCUUUAUGUAGGAAAGUGUGAAUUACUAGAAGUGGUAUUUGAUUUGGAAGGACUAAAGGUCAUGAUAGAGAACAGCCAAUUAGAAAGCCUAAAGUUAGAGAACUUAUCUCGGAUGGCACAUGUGUGGAAGAAUAUUCCAAGGGUUUCAAGGCUUUCAAAACUUAAAAUCAAUUACAAUCUAUCGAUGUCACGAGUUGCGAAAUUUGCUCUCUGCUUCUGUUGCCAAACUACUGGUGAAACUUCAAACCAUAGAUAUAGUGGAUUGCGAAUUGAUGGAAAAUGUUAUUCAAAGAGAGGACGAAGCUGGAAAAGAAAUGGGAGAAGAUAUCACACGAGUUUUAGUAGCAAAGCCCAUUCUUUUGAGUGGCCAUCCAUAAAGAAGAUCGAAUUGUGGGAAUGUCCCAAACUAAAAACAUUUUAUUCAGAAAUUGAAAGUAGAAGGAAGCUAAAGAAAACUGAUGUACCAAAGGCUAGUACUGUUGGCUCCUCCUCAGUACGAUCGAGAGAUUCAGUUGGACUUUUCAACCGCUGCCUAGAGUCUUCAUGUGUACCAGGUCGUAGCGCCAAGAGAUCCCAAAGAAAUAACAGCUCCUCUUUAGAAAGGAAUAAAUACGACAUUAAAAAAGAGGUUACAUUGACAAAUCAAGAGGAGCCAAAUGUGAGCGAGACUGAAAAUCAUACAAAGAUGUGUUCUCUAUUUCCUUACUACUUGAUUCAAAGUUUGGAAAAUCUUGAAAAACUUCAAGCACUUAGAUGUAAUUCAUUGGAAGUGAUAUUUGAACUUGAGGGACUAAAUGUUGAAGAAAGCAAUUAUAUCUUCAGUAACUUGACAGAGUUGAGAUUACAUUUUUUAAAGAAGUUGUUGCAUAUAUGGAAGAAAGGUCCACGAGAUAUCAAGGGCUUCAAUAACUUGAUAUUGCUAACAGUAGAGGGAUGUCGUAGUUUGAAAUAUUUAUUCACACCAUCCAUAGCAAAACUUCUUGUGAAAUUAGAAGAAAUAGAUGUUACCAAUUGCAAUGAAAUGGAAGAAAUCAUUGCAAAAGAAUCAGGAGACGAAGAGAAAAGAGAUCAUGUGAUUGCAUUCCCUCGAGUGAAGUCCCUCUGGCUCAGGUAUUUACCAAAAUUAGAAUGUUUUUGCAAUGAGGCGAUUUCUUUUGAGUGGCCGUCUCUGGAAAGCAUGACAAUGGCUCUAUGUGAAGAAUUAAAAAUGUUUGUAUCGACAAGUAUGAAAACACCUAAGCUAAAGGGAGUGCAUACGGGGUACAAUUAUGAAAGUAGUCAACAUAAGUUUCAACCAAUGAUAGAAGGAGACCUCAACAUUACCAUACAACACAUUAUCAAAGGAAAGGUACGUUACCUAAGCAGGUUUCCGGCAAAUUUGCAAGAGAUAUUAAACACCCGCAUGGAGCAAUGGGAGAGAAUAUGUGGCGUCUGCCCAGUUUGCCGCAAGGUUUUUCUAUUCCAAGGAUAUUGAGCAUGUGCUUGGUUUGGUUGGCUCUCAUCCUUCUCAAUUGUUUAAAUCUCGAGCAAUACAACUGCAUGGAAAAAUCGAUUGAGAAAGAUGAUUGAGAAAGAUGAUGGUUUUACGACUACAAUUGAUGCUUUUCAUCGGCAUUUACCUCCAGAGCUACCCCUACCUACUCCAUAUUUGGAGAAAGAUGGACAACCAAACCCUCUGCAGUGGUUUUUUCUUCAAAUCUGGGGAAAUGGUGUUGCUAGUUAGAUGACUAGUAUUAAGUUGGAGAGGCUCCCACAUAGAACACACAAAUAGAGCUAUGUAGUAGAAAAUGGUAUUCAUUUUCAAAUUCUAUAUUGUAUCUGUUCUAAAUAUUGGAGUUAUUAGAAGUUGAAGGUUUGAAAAUGCCCACCUUUAAUACCUCU